AAACCAAAAAAAGGCACUGGCUAUUAAUAUAAUAAUCCGAAUAGGUUCAGUCGCGACGGUGAAGGUAAACAUGGCCAGCGGUGGACCAAAGGCCAAAAAGGCACAACCGAAAAAAUCCAUAACUGUCAUUUUCGUUGUGGUUAGUGCCAAAUUCACUUUCUAUUAUUUAUUAUCGCACUGUAACAACUUUUUAAAAAAUACUAGAUCUUCAUAACCUUACAGCCCCUUUACACGGCUUUCACAGUACUUUCUGACGAGGGCAUUUAUUUCCCUCGUUCAUCUGGAAUAUCCAAAAACAGGAUUAAUACAAUCGCGACCUGAAUGAAUCACGAUAAUGAAAUCACUUGGCACAACUUCGGAUGGUCUUCCUUAAAAAAAUGUAAACCUCUCUCGACAGAAGAUCUCGAUCUAUCGAUACUAUAGACAGCUCUUAUAGAGGCGAAACUCGGACCAUUUUUCGAAACUAAUUCUCAUGAGUGUGCGCAUGCUUCUCUAAAUGUCUCUAAAUGCGAAUGUACACUGCUCUAUAGAAAAUCACUAAUUUAAAAAGAUACUAGCAUGGAAAAUUUCGAAAGUAGUUUCGUUUCUGGAAGAACGCUCUGCGACGAGAACAAACUGAUUGUGAAAGAAGUUUGAAAGAAAUAGCUAUUUAAUGUGAUCAUUUUUGUGUUAUUCAUCAACGAAAUUAUGUCGAAAGUAAAUACGUUGUACAACUAUUUUACUUCACCGAAAACUCCUAAACAAACGGCUAAUAAAUCUGUUCCUGAUCAAACCUCUUCGACGCCGAAAAGAGCAAAAGAACAAAGGAACAAAGCUAGAACUCCUGGAAAGGGAAAGGAAAACAAGAAUACUGAGGACAGAAAAAGAAUUUAUAAAGAUGAUGAGGAAGAAGAGAAAGAUGAGGAAGAGCCAAGACAAGUCAAGAAGCGAAGAUUAGUUAUUCCAGAUGUAGAAUCUGGGGAUGAGUCUGGGGAUGAAUUUAAACCUGAUUCACAGGAUGAAGCAGAAGAAUCUGACUCAGGCAGUGAAGGAGAUCCUGAAACUGAACCCGAGACACAAAGUGAUGAAGAAUCUCCGGUGAAAAAGAAGAUGUCCAACAACACUAGGGCUAAAGGUUCAGCUGGUUCAAAAAAAAGUGAAAAGGAUAAGAAGGAACCAAAACCAUCUAAUAAUGCACAAGGCAAUAGUAGUACUGAAUCUUGGCCACAUUUGAGGUAUGAUUUUCUACAACCAAACAAAAUAAGAGACAUCAACAGAAAGACUCUAAAGGAUCCAAAUUAUGAUCCAAAGACUGUGUAUGUUCCUUCGGAAUUUUUGAACCAGCAAACCCCAGCAAUGAGGCAAUGGUGGGAAUUAAAAAGUAGACAUUUUGACUGUGUUUUAUUCUUUAAAGUAGGAAAGUUUUAUGAGCUAUAUCAUAUGGAUGCUGUCACUGGAGUCAAAGAACUUAAUCUUACAUAUAUGCGCGGUGAAUUUGCUCAUUCUGGAUUUCCUGAAAUCGGAUACGGUCGUUUCUCAGCAAGUCUUAUAGAAAGAGGAUACAAGGUAGCCAGAGUAGAACAAACAGAGAACCCAGAAAUGAUGUCACAACGUUGCAGCAAAAUGACUAAACCAACAAAGUUUGACAAAGUUGUUAAGAGAGAAAUUUGCCAAAUAAGCUCUAAAGGUACAAGAGUGUAUACUCCACAGGAUGUAGAAGCUUCAACGCCGAAUUCUAAUUAUUUGUUAUCUCUUGUUGAAAAAUGCCCACCUGGAGCAAAAACAUCACAUUAUGGAGUGUGUUUCUUAGAUACAACAAUAGGAGAUUUUUAUCUUGGACAAUUUGAAGACGAUCGUUGCAACUCUAGAAUACUGACACUACUUGCCCAUUAUCCACCAGUUCAUGUUGUAUACGAACGCGGUAGUUUAUCUCCCAAGACAUUGCAAAUUUUAAACAAUACUUUAGCAGCAUGUAUCAAGGAACCGCUGCUGCGUGAGACUCAGUUCUGGUCAUCUUCAACUACGUUAAAAAAUCUUCACGAAGGAGAAUACUUUAAGCAAUCAGAUUCUAGUUUUUCGUGGCCUGUUGGUUUGAAACCGUAUCUUAAUCAAGGCGACAGUCUAGGUUUAACACCAGCCGAUGAUAAAGAAUUAGCAGUGCACGCUUUAGGAGGAUGCGUGUACUUACUUAAAGAUUAUUUCCUUGAACAACAACUGUUAGCACAAGCACGUUUCAAAACGUACAUCCCGCCAGACACUUCAAACGAAUCUUCUGAAGCCAAGUUUGCAAAUAACAUGGUCUUGGAUGCUAUUACCAUCAAUAAUCUAAGAAUCUUUGGUGAGGGCUCUCUCAUGAAAACAUUGGAUCGUUGUUGCACGCCGUUUGGAAAGAGGUUGUUACGCGAAUGGAUCUGCAGACCGUCUUGCCGUAAAGAUGUUAUAAUGCAACGGCAAGAAGCUGUACAAGAACUAAUGGAUCGUUCCGAAGCAGUGCAGACUGCUCGUAGUCUGUUAGCUGGUCUUCCAGAUCUUGAAAGAUUGUUGAGCAAAAUUCAUGCACACGGAAAUCCAGCUAAAAUGAACAAUCAUCCUGAUGGCAGAGCAAUCAUGUUCGAGGGUCACAUAUAUUCUAAGAAGCGGAUUGUUGACUUCAUCACCACGCUCAACAGCUUUGAAGAUGUUCUAAGAAUAGUUGCUUUAUUCGAAGAUUUCAACAGUUGUUUAGUGAUUAAUUGCACUAAAGUAGAACCGGAUGGCGAGUUCCCAUCGCUAAGAGAAACAUUGGAUUACUUCAAGACUGCAUUCGAUCACGAUGAGGCGAAAAGGGAAGGCUGCAUCGUUCCAAAGAAAGGAGUGGACGAAGAGUACGAUUCCGUUUUAAUGGAGCUCGCAGAAGUAAAGAAGGACUUGGAACGGUAUCUUGAGAAACAAAGGCAACACUUCGGUGUGAAAGUCACGUUCCAUGGGAGUGAUAAAAAGCGUUAUCAAAUCGAGAUUCCCGAGUCACAAGUGAAGAAGGUUGGUUCCGGAUACGAGCUGCAGUCGCAGAGGAAAGGAUUUAAACGAUAUUAUACUGCUGAAGGAAAGGAACUCCUGAGCCGACAAAUAAAUGCCGAGGAACAUAAAGAUAGAGUGCUGAAAGAUUUGAACAGAAGGAUAUUCGCUAAAUUCAGUGAAAAAUAUGACAUGUGGAAUAUGGCAGUUUACAAGUUGUCCAUCUUGGAUGUUCUCAUUUCCCUAGCGGAGUAUGCUCUCAGCGGUGACAUGUGCAUACCGGAAAUCGACGAUGGCUCGAAUGGAAAUAUAUACAUUGAUAUCAGAGAAGGAAGACAUCCAUGCAUAAUAUCGGACAAUUUCAUACCGAACGAUACUUUAUUGGCUGUUGAAGAUUCUGCUCCGUUUAUGAUUCUAACAGGUCCAAACAUGGGUGGUAAAUCCACGUUAAUGAGACAGAUUGCGCUUCUCACGAUUAUGGCACAAAUAGGAAGCUAUGUACCUGCUAGCUCCUGCCGGCUAACACUGGUAGAUCGUAUUUUCACACGAUUAGGAGCAAACGAUGACAUUCUGGCCGGUCAGAGUACAUUCCUGGUAGAGUUGAGCGAAACUGCUGCCAUACUACAACACGCUUCGCCAUACUCGCUAGUGUUGUUGGAUGAAUUAGGACGUGGAACGUCGACUUACGAUGGGACCGCGAUAGCUGCGGCGGUGGUAGAUGCGCUUACAAAAUUGAAAUGCCGGACAUUAUUUUCUACCCAUUACCAUUCUCUGGUGGAAGACUACAAAACGAAUAAGGAUGUCACUUUAGCGCACAUGGCAUGCAUGGUGGAGAACGAAGAAGAGGACGAAGUGUCUCAGGAGACGGUAACGUUCUUGUAUAAGCUCAGCGAGGGUGCUUGUCCAAAGUCGUACGGCUUCAACGCGGCUCGGUUGGCCGGCGUGCCGCCUGUAAUUACAAGUAGGGCGCACGAGAUAUCGAAGAAGCUCGAAUUGGAAACGAACGAGAAACACCUGUUCGCGUCCCUGUGCAAAGCGAAUGGACCUGAAAUAAGAAACUUAAUUGCGGCGAUGUAG